AUGGAGCUGGGGUUCAACUGCUCUGAGCUCUGCGAUGGCAGCUCCGGUUUCGGCGGCCGGGCGCAGCAGCAGCGGGUGCUGCAGGAGCUCUGUGCCCUCCCCGUGACAUCUUCGGACCGCAGUGGUAAGAGCUCCCCAUCUUUCUCUGCUGCUCUCCUGGGAGUUGUGUGGACAUUUGUGACUGGUGGAGUCCUGCUAGCACUCUUCUUUCUGGUCUUCACUAUUCGCUUCAGGAAAAACAGGAUCGUGAAGAUGUCCAGCCCCAAUCUGAACAUUGUGACCCUGCUGGGCAGUGGCUUGACUUACGCUAGUGCAUACCUCUUUGGGAUUCAGGAGCAGAGCCUGCCCUCUGGAGACUCGGUGGAAAAGCUUAUUCAAGUGCGGCUCUGCUUGCUGUGCGUGGGGACCUCCCUGGUGUUUGGCCCUAUCCUGGGGAAAAGCUGGAGGCUGUACAAGGUGUUCACCCAGAGAGUGCCAGACAAGCGGGUGAUUAUCAAGGACCUCCAGUUGCUGGCGAUGGUGGCAGCACUGGUGCUGGCAGACACUGUGUUACUCUUAACAUGGGCAUUCUCUGAUCCAGUCCAGUGUUUCCGAAGCCUCAGCGUCUCACUGCGGGCGACAGAGAAAGGCAUGACCUGCUCAGUGAACCGCGUGCAGUCCUGUGCAUCUCUUUAUUCCGAUCUUUGGCUCGUUCUCAUUUUAGGGUUUAAGAGUAUCCUCCUGCUGUAUGGGACCUACUUGGCCGGUCUGACGGACAACGUCAGCUCCCCGCCAGUCAACCAGUCCUUGACGCUCAUUGUUGGGGUCAACCUUGUUUUCCUGGCUGCCAGCACAGUCUGCUUAGUUCAUCGCUUCUUCCGCGCUUGGCACAACUUGGUGUUUGGUUUUACCUCUGGAGGCAUCUUUGUGUGUACAACCACAAUCAACUGCUUCAUCUUCAUCCCACAGCUCAAGCAGUGGAAAGCCUUUGAAGAGGAAAGCCCAACCGUGAGCCACAUGGCGAAAUAUUUCAGCAGCCCGAGCAGGAGCUGCCGCUCGGUGUACAGCGAGGAGCAGCUCUACCAGCUGAUAGGGGAGAAAAACUCCAUGAAGCGGCUGCUCACAGAGAAAAAUGCUGUGAUCGAAAGCCUGCAGGAGCAAGUAAGCAGUGCCAAGGAGAAGCUGAUGAGGCUGAUGUCUGCGGAGAGCUGCGACCCCCACGUGCCGUCGGCAGCUCCCUGUGCCCAGAGUGUGGGGAUGCACGAGGAUGUGCCGGGGGGCUGCUGCCCUCCAGAGCUGCAGCAGGAUGGGUGGCAGUCUCCCCACUUGCUGAGUACACCACCUUUCUGCAGCAAUGCCCAGGACCUCCAGAAACAUGCGAGCCAGGAGCCUGUUUGCUCUCAGAUGCUGCUUUUUGACACAGAGGGUGGCCUUGAACGUGGCCUGAAAGACACCGGGGAGCACGGGACACCUGCAGGGCAGGGGCAGCCUCUGGAGCAGCUUCCCAGCCAGGACGUAUCAGCUGGCGUGGCCUGGGAGUCGUCCCCCAAAGUCAGCUAUGUGAGCCGUGAGAAGCUGUGGGAAAUCUUGCAAGAGCUGAGCCUGGAUGGCAAAACCUACAGCCCAGCCUUACUGGAGGGGCCCUCACGUGGCAGCCCAGGCCUCCCAGCUGAGCAGGGAGGAACGUGGGGAACCCAGGGGGGCUACCCAGGCAUCCACAGGGCCCUAAGCCCCUACCUGGCAAGGCGACGGCGGAGAAUCCCGCUGCCCACCACCUCUUCCCGCUUCUCUGGACACGUGUCCUCUCGUGCCAGCCACGGGGUGAAGGAGGUGGGUGGCUGGGGCCGUGGGGAGUUGGCGCAUAUCUCCCUGGGGAGGGAAGGGGAAAUGGCUGGCAGGGAGCUCCUUCAACCACCAGCACCAUCUCCUCCAGCCAUCCCCAUUUCCAGCAAGGUCUCCCUCCAGCCAGAGGGAUGGCCAGGCUGGCCUGAGUCCCAGGUGGCUUCUCCAUGCCUCCCACGGGAGCAGCGGCGGUGGCGGGGCACCCUGAGGGGGCCUGGUGAACCCUCCCUGCGCUCUCUGUACUAUUACCCGGACUCUGACUCCAGCAGCAGCAGCAGCAGCUCUGAGGAGAUGUUUCAUGGCUGCCACCGGCCCUGCUGUGACGUUUGCUUCCAGAGCCCGCGCGGCUCCCUGGGCAGCAGCAGCACAGACACAGACACGGAGCCCAGUAGCUGUGCAGUCCACCACACAGGGCACCACAGUGGGGCCCAGACCGUGGUGAAUUUCAAAGAAGAUCUGAAACCCACCUUUGUGUGA